CAUUUGUUAGCCAUAAAGGUUGAUUUUUGAUUUUCAAAAUUGGGGUUUCUCGAAUCUUCCUCCUUCUUCCCCAUUUAUUUCUUUCUACUUCUUCGGCUUCCCUUUUUUAUUUCAUUUCUUUUCCUUUCUUUCUCUGAUUAAUCUUUUUCUUCCUUUUUCUCUACGGUUCCCUUACUAUUUUCAAGUUUAUGGUAGGGGAUCUUUCCGAUUCUAUUGUCAUCGAUUCGGUCACCAGGGCCAUAAUUCAGAUGGAGGUUGAUCUUACUGUUUCUGGGUUUCUUUCAAGCUCAGCUUCUAUUAGGUGCUUUACGUCAUGUGAAGAGGACAUUUUGCCUUUCCCCAUUGAAAUUCCUUCGAUUUUGUCUUCAAAGGAUGGAAGGUUUGGCCUUCCAUUAGGUUCAGCAAAGGUUUUCUGUGACUCUGAUAAGGCUUCUUUGAAACUUGAGCGAAUUUUGAAAAGGAAAGCUAUUGAAGGGAGCUCUGUUGUUGCCUCUAGGUGGCAUGAGCACCUUGCUACUUUAAGUCAAUUUGCUAAGAUUGAGAAGGCUACAAGUAAGUCUAAAGGAUAUGUUCCUCAGGAGAUGUGCUGUAGUUGUGAGGACGUCUAAGAGAUUGAAAGGUGCCUUUUUUACUAAAGUUGUUUCUACAGAUAGUCCUGCUAAGAGUAAGACAGAGGGACGCGUGAUUGACGAUGACAGGGAGACUCCUCUUCUUGUUGUUUUUCUUGUUGAUGAAUUGUAAAGUUUUUCUUGUAAGGGGAGUCUUGAUUUAUUCAAUAAUGGACUUUGUUGUUG